AUGGCACCGCCGCGACAGAGUAACGUCCGUCGUCGCGAGACCUCCACAGGCGAUUUCCAUGAGCUUGGUGUGAAAGGACGCAAGACUGGCAUUGAAUUGCCCGACACGGGCGUACGCGACGAACAUGGCAUGCAACCCAUCGAUGGCCUUUUCUCCUCACCGGAGAAGGACAAUGGAUCCGCCAGCGACGAUGGAGAACAGGACAUGGAGCUGGAGUCGGAAUCCGGUCCCGGGCCUUCCACCAUUAUGAAGAACCACCCUCGGCUCGUUCCCCGAGGGACCUCCCCGCGCAAGACAAACCUCGGAUCACCUGCGAUGCGCCACCCGAGCUUCGGCCCUUCCUCAUCACCGACACGGCUGUCACCCCAGCGGAGAUCAUCGUCGCCGAUAGAACCUCAGCCAACUCGCGGAGCUCCAGUUUCACGCAAACUUGACUACGGCGCCCUGGAGAAAAACGGACCCGGGUUGAACGGUAAACGUCCCAACGGAUUCAAGAGUGGACGCGCAGUCUCUUCCGAAGACGAAGAAGAAGAAGAGGAGGCUGUGCUACAGGCGCAAAAUGGCCAUGUCGAAAACGGGGAGGAGGAGUCGAUGCAAAUGGUCAGCAUGGACGACGGUCAAGUGCCAGAACCCGAAUCUGAGCCAGCAGCAUCGGAAACAGAGGAAAUUUCAGAAGCGGAGGCUCCGAAGCAGCCUACCAAGCGCAAAGGCCGCCCACCAAAGGCGAAGCCAGCUAUCCAGGAAGAGGCAGAGGAACAGUCAAACCGUGAGUCCGAGCCAGAAGAAGCGCCUGUUAAGAGGAGAGGCAGGCCAGCCAAGGGCAAGGGCAAGGAGAAGACCCAGUCAGACGAACCUGAGCCUGAGGCGGAAGAGGUCAGCGCGCCCAAACGACGACGCUCGCGUAAUUCCGAUGGAGACAAGGCGGAGCAAGAAGAGGAAGACGAUCGCGCAUCCAAACGACAGCGGAAAGAACCAAAGAAGGCAACGGGCGGAGCAAGGGGGCGGCCGAAAGCUGCGCCCCAGGAGGAAGAGGGGGAAUCAUCGAAGCAGACGGCCAAGGCCGCCUCAAAAGCCAAACCAGGACCCAAAGGCAGGCCAGGACGCAAGCCGCAAGCCGCAGCGGGCGAGGACUCGAUUCUGGGCGUGGUGCAAAAGGGGCCGCCCAUGCCUAAAGCGCGCGGUCUGGUAUCGCAAAAGCAGAAGCAGGACCCCCAUUCCAUCACCCACACGAGAUCCGGUCGCCAGUCCUACAAGCCGUUGGCGUUCUGGAAGAACGAGCACGUCACCUACGACGAGGACGAGGCUUUCGAAGAUGGAAAGAAGGGCAACAAAUUUCUCCUGCCGAGCGUCAAGGAGGUCGUCCGCGUGGAGGAAGAGGAGCGGGAGGCUGCGAGGAAGGGCAGGCCAAGAGGCCGCAGGCCUACUGCCAAGGCAGGCAGACGGCGACAGCAGGUCGAAUCCGAGGACGAAGAGCCGGCGGAACCAUGGGAGCAGGACCCGGGCAGCGUCGACGGCGAAAUUGUGGUCUGGCAGCCGGAGCACGAGUUCAACCCGCCCGCUAUCAACGAGCAGGUCGAGAUCGACGAGGAGCGGAUCGCCGUCGCCGCGGGCGCCAUCCAGACGAGGGACAUUCGGGACGCCACGUUUCGCUUCGCAAAGACCCUCAGCUUGCCGUUCUUCGGCUCGGGCGUCGUCGACCUCCCGCCCGGCGCAGAAAAGCGGCCGAAAAACUCGCGUAAGAUGCAGAUGGUGUUUUUCGUCUUCCAAGGCAAGGUCUUGGUUACGGUACACGAGUCCCAGUUUAGAAUAAGCGCCGGUGGCAUGUGGUUUGUGCCAAGAGGGAACUAUUACAGUAUCCACAACGACUACGAAAACCCAGCUCGCAUCUUCUUUGCUCAGGGUUGCGAGAUGAGCAAUGCGGGGGCCAAUUUCUCCCAGGAUACGACUAUAGGCUGA